AUGGCACAUACAGCUUCUGAUCCAGAGGCGAAAGUUCAGUAUCUGUCUGGAUAUCCGUCUCUCGCGGCGUUUAUCGCCAGUGACCGCGACAGAACAACUCUCAUUUACAAGCGGUUCGACCAAUUAGCUGCACGGAACCUACUUUACCUACAGAGCGAGCUGGCAGAACUACAACACCAGCAGCAAGAAUUAGACCAAAUAGAUCUGAUAUCCGACAGAACAACGAAAGGACACGCAAGGAAUUUCGCGAGCUUCAAAGAAGCAGCAUUACCAGCAAGUGGUAAUUCAAGACAGAAAGAGCGAUGGGAUCUCAUGAUACAAAUACGGCAGGUGAUGAAGGAGUAUCGCGAGGCAAUGUUUUUCGAAAGUACGUUAGCUUCGUUGCCUCGACCGUCCAAGAACGUGUUAAGUGCCUUCCGAGUGGAAUUCAAUAACGAGGGCAAAGGCAAAGGCGAGCCUUUUCCUACCCUCGGUGGGCAUAGUGCCGGGCUAUACGACGACAUCGACGACCUCGUGGCACUACGGGUCCAGGAUGAUCAGGAUCGAUUGACGACAUUCGCGCAAGAGCAUUUAGCCUUCCUCUUCCCAGAUCGCAAGCGUUCCCGACACGGUAUAGUCUACGCCUCAGAUCGCGCCAUCAGCACCUUCGUAGCAUAUUUCAGCACCUUCCUAGCCGCGCUGUUACUCAUCGGCGCCAUCGUCGUGCUCUACAAAGUGACAUCGUCGGAUUGGAGGUUAGGGUUAAUUGCGGCAUUCACCACCUUGUUCGCUGGCAGCGUGGGUCUCUUGACGAAUGCACGAAGAGCAGAACUGUUCGCGGCAACAGCAGCAUACGCAGCCGUCCUCGUAGUCUUCGUAAGCGGAGAUCUAGGAAACAGUCAAUCAAGCACGGCGCCACCAGGCUAG